CAGCAUGUCCCUGUUUGAGGCACCAGAGGAGUGAGUGAAACAAUCCUCUGCUGCCCUCCUCCAGCGGCUCCUUAAGCUGUUCAAAGUGCCACUCCUGCUGGAUUACUUCCAGCGAUUAGGGAUGAGCAAACCUAGACAGGGGCGUGGCGCGUCUUCUCGCCCCCCGCUACAAAAACCCGCUCCGCGGCCCCCUGCCUCCCGACAGGACCCUGAGUUGUGUGACUGUGAGGCGAGGUUAUCCAUCUCCCUUCCACAGUAGACCAAUCGGGCAAUCCAAAGGGCACGAGCACCCAAGACUUAGAUUCCACUGUGAGAGUUCUCUUGUUUUUUUUCGUCGGAUCCCGUCAGUCAGCCAGUCAGUCACACGUACAGUCGCAAUCCACCGUUUUUUUUAAAGCUAGACAUGGGGAACACCUCUGGAUGCACCGUGGAUGACCUCCAGGCCGUGGAGAUGCACCUGUGGUACAAGAAGUUCAUGAUCGAGUGUCCGUCAGGUCAGCUCACGAUGCACGAGUUCAAGCAGUUCUUCGGGCUCCGGGGCCUGGACCCUGAGGCCACCGCCUACAUCGAGUCGAUGUUUCGCACCUUUGACAUGAACAAGGAUGGCUACAUAGACUUCAUGGAGUACGUGGCUGCCCUGAGUCUGGUGAUGCGGGGUAAAAUGGAGCACAAACUGCGCUGGUACUUCAAGCUCUACGACGUGGACGGCAACGGCUGCAUCGACCGACAUGAACUUCUCAACAUCAUAAAGGCCAUUCGUGCGAUUAAUGGAAACGACACCCAGGAGAUCUCUGUCGAGGAGUUCACCAACCGUGUGUUUGACAGGAUCGAUAUCAAUGGAGAUGGGGAGCUGUCACUGGAAGAGUUUGUUGCGGGCGCUCGAAACGAUGAUGAGUUCAUGGAGGUGAUGAUGAAGAGUUUGGACCUUGCCCACAUAGUGGCCAUGAUCCAUAAUCGCAGACACAGUGUUUGAGGAACUCUGCCAUCUUUGAAACCUUGUGACCUUUCAGUUAAAAAUUGGUCAAUUUAGCCCAGGAGGCUUAUACGGAUGGCCAGGGAUCCAAUGACAAUUUUUUGAUCUGAUUUGAUCUGAUUUCUGGCAGCCCCAGGGCCUAACUAGGGCAGAUUUUUUUUUUAUCAGUGAAGUGAUACUCUCUUUAUUGUUUUGUAGAUCAAUAAAAUAAAAGAUAAUACUUUGACGGGUAAACUGAGGCAAACAUGAACCCUGGGCAGACGGAGGGUCACAAAGGAUGAUGGGGAAAUACAAUGUAACAUCACGGAUCUCGGUUCAUCUUUUUUUCCAGUAGUGGGCGUACAGACCAAAUGAGACACUGAUGUUGGUGUGAUGUUGGUGUGAUGUUGGUGUGAUGUUGGUGUGGAAAAUGUGUUAUUGAUGCUCUGGGAGGACUUUUUUAAAGUCACUGUUUGCACUUUUGGCCAAAAAAAUUAAGAUGCUUGCGAAGCAUUCCAAUUGCUUGCAGUAUGUGUCAGUUCAUGUCAUGUGUAGGACUACUGAAGUCUGCAAAAUUCAAAAGGUCAAGACUGUGUUUACUUUCUGUUCAGAUAGCCAUAAAUGUCAACAAACUGGUAGGACUGCUGAUAGUCUACCCAUGGACAGGUUUAUCUUUAUAUGUAUGUAUGGUGUUAUGUGUGUGUGUAAAUGUGAGACUGUGGCAUCUAACUGUAAGAGUCGUCUUGCUUUUACCAUGCUAUCAGUAGUGGGUAUGGGCUACCCAUUAUCAUGAAUGUUAGCCAUGCUGAAUG